AUGUUGGGGUCUUUGCUUUUACUCUUACCCCUUGUGGGCGCUGCUGUCAUUGGACCCAGGGCAAACAGUCAGAGUUGCCCAGGGUAUAAGGCGUCCAACGUCCAAAAGCAGGCUAGGUCACUGACUGCGGAUCUGACUCUAGCUGGUACGCCUUGUAAUAGCUAUGGCAAGGAUUUGGAAGACCUCAAGCUGCUUGUGGAAUAUCAGACUGAUGAACGGUUACAUGUUAUGAUCUACGAUGCCGACGAGGAAGUCUAUCAAGUUCCUGAAUCAGUCCUUCCUCGCGUGGGUAGUGACGAGGACUCUGAGGACAGUGUUUUGGAAUUUGACUAUGUGGAAGAACCGUUUUCAUUCACCAUCUCCAAGGGAGAUGAGGUCCUGUUUGACUCUUCGGCAUCACCACUAGUUUUUCAGUCGCAAUAUGUGAACCUUCGCACCUGGUUGCCCGAUGAUCCCUAUGUGUAUGGUCUCGGAGAGCAUUCUGACCCUAUGCGCUUGCCAACAUACAAUUACACGCGGACCCUUUGGAACCGCGACGCGUAUGGCACUCCAAACAACACCAACUUGUACGGUAGUCAUCCUGUCUACUAUGAUCACCGUGGAAAGUCCGGAACUUAUGGAGUCUUCCUGCUGAACUCUAAUGGUAUGGACAUCAAGAUCAACCAAACGACAGAUGGAAAGCAGUACUUGGAAUACAAUCUUCUCGGCGGUGUUCUGGACUUCUACUUCUUCUACGGAGAAGAUCCUAAGCAAGCGAGCAUGGAAUACUCAAAGAUUGUCGGUCUCCCGGCAAUGCAGAGUUACUGGACUUUCGGCGUAUGCCCCCCACCCCCUAAUCCCAUAACAGUCCGAGUUGUGGUCUACAACUACAGCCAGGCAAAGAUUCCUCUGGAGACGAUGUGGACAGAUAUCGACUACAUGGACAAGAGAAGGGUGUUUACCCUUGAUCCUCAGAGGUUCCCGCUCGAAAAGAUGCGGGAGUUGGUAACCUACCUGCACAAUCAUGAUCAGCAUUACAUUGUCAUGGUUGACCCGGCUGUGAGCGUAAGCAAUAACACGGCAUAUAUCACCGGCGUGAGAGACGAUGUUUUCCUUCACAAUCAGAACGGUAGCCUAUACGAGGGUGCUGUUUGGCCUGGUGUCACUGUUUUCCCAGACUGGUUCAAUGAGGGUACUCAGGAUUACUGGACUGCGCAAUUUCAACAGUUCUUUGAUCCCAAGUCCGGAGUCGAUAUUGACGCCCUGUGGAUUGACAUGAACGAAGCCUCCAAUUUCUGCCCUUAUCCUUGUCUGGACCCAGCGGCAUACGCGAUCUCCGCCGACCUCCCACCGGCAGCACCACCUGUUCGGCCAAGCAGCCCGAUCCCACUGCCCGGAUUCCCCGCGGACUUUCAGCCUUCGUCUAAGCGAUCUGUUAAAAGAGCGCAAGGAGAUAAAGGGAAGAAGGUUGGGUUGCCCAAUCGCAACCUCACUGACCCGCCCUACACCAUUCGGAAUGCCGCAGGUGUCCUUAGUAUGAGCACUAUCGAGACGGAUCUCAUUCAUGCGGGUGAAGGGUAUGCCGAGUAUGAUACUCACAAUCUCUAUGGAACAAGGUUAGUGAUGAGCUCUGCUUCCCGCACGGCUAUGCAGGCCCGCCGUCCCGAUGUGAGGCCUUUGGUCAUCACUCGCAGUACGUUUGCAGGCGCUGGAGCACACGUAGGACACUGGCUGGGCGACAACUUUAGCGAUUGGGUUCACUACCGGAUCUCCAUCGCGCAGAUCCUCUCCUUCGCGUCCAUGUUCCAGAUUCCAAUGGUCGGGGCUGACGUGUGUGGGUUUGGUAGCAACACGACGGAGGAAUUGUGUGCCCGAUGGGCGUCACUUGGUGCCUUCUAUACGUUCUACCGCAAUCAUAACGAGCUGGGCGACAUAUCGCAAGAGUUCUACCGCUGGCCUACGGUUGCCGAGUCCGCGCGUAAGGCCAUUGACAUCCGGUACAAGCUCCUCGAUUAUAUCUACACUGCUCUUCACCGGCAAAGCCAGACCGGCGAGCCAUUCCUGCAGCCUCAAUUCUACCUGUACCCUGAGGAUUCGAACACCUUUGCGAACGACCGGCAGUUCUUCUAUGGUGACGCCCUUCUUGUCAGCCCCGUGUUGAAUGAGGGAUCCACCUCAGUCGACGCAUACUUCCCGGACGACAUCUUCUACGAUUGGUACACAGGGGCAGUGGUGCGUGGGCACGGAGAAAACAUCACGCUCAGCAACAUCAACAUCACCCACAUCCCUCUGCACAUCCGCGGUGGAAAUAUCAUACCUGUCAGGACAUCCAGCGGCAUGACAACCACUGAGGUUCGUAAGCAGGGCUUCGAGCUGAUCAUCGCGCCAGACUUGGAUGACACCGCAUCGGGCAGUCUAUAUUUGGAUGAUGGAGACUCGUUGAACCCGUCAUCUGUGACAGAGCUCGAGUUCACGUACAGCAAAGGGGAGUUGCACGUGAAGGGUACAUUCGGACAGAAGGCCGUCCCCAAGGUGGAGAAAUGUACCUUGCUGGGGAAGUCAGCACGGACGUUCAAGGGCUUUGCACUCGAUGCGCCGGUGAACUUUAAGCUGAAGUAG